UUCUAAAACCCUGUAAAACCCUUCCCACCUCUAAACAAGUUGUUGCAACCCUCUUUCAUGGCGGGCUCAGCAGCUAGAAAAAACGAAACCAUGAAAAAGAAGAACAAGAGGAAACUCGCAAAUUCCCAAGAUACACCAAAACCCUUAAAAACAGCUCGCAAGUUAAACAAUACUCCUAAAAAUGAAAAAGAAGAAAGAUGUGCCGUUGAAGAGGCUGAAACGCUGGAAAACAUGGAAGUAAAGGAAGAAAUUUCCAUGGAAAAAGAAGGGAAGCGUCAAUGGAGGAACUUAAACCUUGUUUUGGCAAUCCAAAACAAACAAAUGAAUACCCACAAGAAGGUAGAGUUGAUCUUUGAGUUUUUCGAUUCGAGGGCGGAUAAAGGAGAUAAUGACACGGAGGAGUUCAACACCUUGAGUAUUUCAAGAUUAAUAACAUACACUAGUAAUUGGAUUCAGUCCUUGUUGAUUUCCUCUGAAAAGAAAAUUAGGGCUGGAGAUAUGGAGUCUGAGGAGUCACAGUUUUUGUUGGAUAGUAGAUGCUGGGAGAUACUGAGAGUUUGCCUGAAGGAGUCUGAAGGACUAAAUCUAUCGUUGAGCUUAUCGCGAGACCUAUUAAGGGUCAUUUCAUGUGUGGCCAGGAGUGUGCUGUGUUCAUCUAAUUUUGUAGAUAUUAAAGGAAUCACUUCUACUCCUGUUGAAUUUCAACUAUUCAAUACUGUGAAUGACUGCAUAAAGUUGCUAUUUUCUUCCCAUGGCCGAUUGUUGAAUGAAAAUCUGGAUUUGUGGGCAGUGGCUGUUAGCUCACUGCUUGAACUUGUAAUCAGAGUUUAUACUGAUAAUCUUCAAGAUAGUAAUGUGCAAAACUUGGUCACAGAAUUUUCAUGUUUGGUGCUUGAGCCGUUCUCCAAGUUCCUGAGGCUGCACCCUUGUCGCAAGAAUGGAUUUCGUGAUUUUGUAGAUAAACUUGUUGAACCACUGUUGAAUCUGCUAGGUUUGUUGCAAGAUCAGACCAGGGACGAAAAACCUGUUUUGGUGCAAAAUUUGGUGCAAAAUUUGUACAAGUUGGUAGAGGAGAUUCUGUCUUAUGGAUUGUUUCAUUCAGUCCACCUUGAAGAAUAUCUCAGCUUACACAUCACAGAUAAGUACAGUUCUUCAACUGAUCACAGUUUGGAAAAUGCUAAAACAAUCAUCAAAAGUUAUCACAGACACCUUUUUGACAAAGUGGAAAAACUUGUUUCUGAGAGAAAGACACAAGCUUUGUCUGGUAUAGGAGAAUUGUUACGCUUGUUUGUUGUUAGCGUGAAAAAACUGAAGAAGGAUUCACAAGAUGCAAUAAAUUUGACCUCAGAGAAGAGCCUUACCUCUGUGACUCCUGCCUCAGAAAUAAGAAAGUCAUUUUUUGAUUUCUUUGUGCUCACAAUGGAGCCGUUGUUGCUUGAUCUGAAGAAGCAUAUGCAGUCGGACAUUCAACCUGGAACUUCCUUACUGAAUGUUUACUACACUCUUAGAUCCAUGAAUAAGAUAUUGUCUAGCAUGGUCUACGAAAGAGCCUAUUUAAGAAUGGAGGAUAAUUCUGGAGGAGCCUGUCUGAAUUUUUUCAAGAUAAGUUAUGGUCUACUGAUGUCGUGUUAUGCCAAAUUUAAUCAACUCUGGCUGUCAACAUGGAGUAAUGAUAGUUUUGAGCAAGUUGAAAUGUUGAAUCUAAUGGCCAAAGAGUUCAUUCUCAUAGUUGGAAACUUCCUGGAAAUCGAGUAUGAAGUCAUUGGUGAUGACUUGGGUAGCAUAUGGCUUAUGAUUCUCACCUGUUUAACAUUAGCACAUUCUUCAAAGGAUGUAUCAGAGCUGGUUUCAAAGACAAUUGACCUUGGAUGCCGAGUGGUUAACCUUUACAGUGAGCUACGCCAGGUGGAUCGUGCUGUUUUUGCACUAUGUAAAGCACUCAGACAUCUAUCAUUUUAUCAAGGAGAAGGUGAAAUGAAUUAUUAUGAACUGUCAUCAAUCAACUCCUCUCUUCAUUAUCAUAGAUUUGCCAAGUCAGGUUGUUUGCUAUUAUAUUCUCAAAAGUUUAGGCUGGCUGUUUGUAAUGUGAUUAAAUCUCUACCUGAAGGGCAGGCUCUUGAUUUUAUUCAAACUCUAUCUGUUGACAUUUUUGAUUGCCUGGAGUGGAUGAAAGUUGGAUGUUCUGCGAUGGAUGAACUUGAACUUGCAGAUUCCUACUCCUGUAGAUUCAGUGCCCAAGCAAAACUUUUGGGUAUGGUUUUAUCUGAACUUUAUGCGCUGGUUCUAGAUUCUCUUUCAGUUUCUUCUGGUUACAGUUAUCGUAUGGGGGAAUCUAUCCAAGAACUGAUUUUGAUGCUACGUCCCAGCAUGAGGCAUUUAACUACUCUAGAGCAGGAUGGUCCUGAUGAAUUUUUUUCCUCAGUAUUAGGAACAACUCAAAUUAAGAACAUGGAAUGCAAAAAUGACUUACUGGAGAAUAUUCCCUUGCUUCUUCUGUUCUUCUUUCGUGUAUAUGUAUCCUGUCGAAGCUUAUAUCGCCAAGCACUGAGCCUCAUGCCUCCUGAUUCAUCAACAAAGAUGUCAAAGGUGAUGGCUGACUUUUAUACAGCAUAUUCUGGUGAAAAUUGCAUGAAGAGGACUAAAUUUAAAGAUAAAGGAUAUUUUUCCUGGGUCAAAUCUUCAGCUUCUCUUCUGAGUAUCCUGCAAUUUAUAAAGGAUACUUUGUUCCAUGAAGGUUCAGCAGAUUAUUGCUGCUUAACUUAUGUAAUGCAUAUCAUGGCUUUACAAAGACUUGUUGAUCUAAGUAGGCAAAUUCACUGUGUGGAAUAUAUUUUGCGGAGAAGUGAGUAUAGAAGAAUGGGCAAAUUGACGGAUGGUGAUACUCUAUCAGAUCAAUGCAAAGGCAAAAAAAAGCAAGAGAAAUUAGAAUUUUUUUUGUUGGCUUUGAAGCAAGAAGCAGCUGGUCUAACUGGUUUCAUCAGCGAGUACCUUUCCAAUGUGGAUGAGAAACAAAAGCCUAUCUUUGAUUCAUGGGAUUUGGGUGUCUGUACAGUGAAUGAAAAGACGCUGCCUACUGCAAUCUGGUGGAUUAUUUGCCAAAAUGUAGAUAUAUGGUGCAGUUAUGCUACUAAGAAGAAGCUGAAGUUAUUCCUUUCUCUUUUAAUCCUUAAUUCACUUCCAUGUAUAAGAUCUGAGGAGUUUAAGGAGCUGUCUGGGGAUUAUGCUGGUGAGGCAAUGAAAGUUACCAAGCAUCAAGUUUCACAGGAACUCCUGCAUGACACCAGUUUCUAUGAUCUAAGAUUCGUUUGCAGGCAUAUUGGAUCCAUGAUUUGCCAUGGUUUGAAGAAGUGUAUAUCCCAGUUAUUUAAUGAUUCCACAAACAUCGGUUCAGAACUGGAUUCAUCUGACUGGACCAGUGUGUUGGGCAUGCUUCAGAACUCAGCCUUACAUUUGAAUGACAAGGCGCUUACUUCUUAUUGUGCUCUUAGUGAUCCAGUCAAUGAACGCUGUCACAAAGGAUUAUCAUUCACUUCAACCAAUGUGCAUCUUGCUGCUUGUCGAAGUUUACUGAAUCUUUUGUGCAUGAUGGUGGAGAUCCCAUCAGAAGUCAAAUCUUUCUCAUCUUCUGUGAUAUAUCUAAUCAACUUCGAGAGGCUUAUAAUUGGCAGCUUACGAGAACAUGGGUCACUGCAUGAGCAUCAUGAGUUCCUUGGGCUGUUAGUUUCAUGUCGCAGAUCUUUAAAAUAUCUAUUGAUGGCAUUCUGUGUGGAGAAAUCAGUAGUGUAUAAUUGCAAGAAGGUUCCAAUAUUGUCGGAGGUGCCAUCAUCAAUCCUGUGGUUGUUGGAAUCUGUCAAGUUAGUUAUAACUUGGUGGAAUACCUUGUCAUCACAGCACAAUUAUAGCCAGUUUAAUGAUAUGAUUGUCUCACUGAUUGAUCACACUUCAUAUGUGUUUUUCAACCUAUCCAAGCAUCAAUUUGGUUCAGCAAUUUACUCGAUUGCAAGUCCUAAGAUCGCCGGAAAGUCUGAUUUCGACAGUGAGGGCAAUCAAACAAACAAAACUGAUUGUUCCACGACAAUAUCGUAUGACAUAGAAGCUUGCAAUAGUGUGACUAUGAUAGUUGAAGCAUUGGAGGAGGAGACAAAGAGCUUCCUUAUCUCCCUGAAGGAGGCCUUCAGUAGUGAAGAUAUGGAGUUCGAUGUACUACCACCAGAGCUGAACAAAUUGUCCUCUACAGUAUCAUGCAUACAAGGUACUUUAUGGGGAUUGGAGAGUGCUUUGAAUGAUAUAAUUACAAGGGGUGAUGAAAUGAAAGUAAAAUUGAUGAAGUGUAAGCCCAACAUCAUGGUUAGAGUAGAGAGUUUCAUGGGUAUAUUCAUGGAGCUCUUAGGUAUUUCCUCUCGAAUUUUUCUUCGCAAGAGACACCCAGUAAAAAUUGUGGGUGAUGGCCAAGGGCCACUGAAUUUAGAUGAUGAUAAUCGUGUGCUGGGAACAGAUGCAUCUGUAAUGAUGGGCCAUAAUUAUGGAAGUGAAUCCAAACUUGCAAAUCAAAAAGGAAAUUCAGGAACUGAGAUGAUGACCUUGGCUACAUCUGGUCUUCAAAAUGGUUAUGAUUCUAGUCGAAGGAAAAAAAAGUUAAAAUCAGAUAAUUUACACAGAGUCAUUAAUGGUCUGACGGACUUUGGCUCAUUCGAUUACAACUGUCUUAGGCUUGAUUUGUUGGGCAGCUUCUUCAAUGGUGAAAAUAUGGAUGCAGCAUUUUUCUUGAGAGGGUUACUUAUGGCUUCUUCAGCUAUUGUGAGGCUAAGCAUGCUGAUUGAUUGUUCUACGUUGCCAUCCAACUUAAUACAAAUUUUCCUGGGAUGCUCUAAAGUAUUGCUGACGAAAUUUUCUGAAAUGCUCAACUGUCCAAGUCCAGCUUCUUUUGUUUGGUUGGAUGGCACUGUCAAAUUUGUUGAGGCAAUGGGGAGUGUGUUUACAUCAACUAGUCCUAUUGCAACAAAAGAUGUUUAUGCCAAAUUGGUAGAGUUACACUUAAAGGCUAUUGGAAAAUGCAUUUCUUUACAAGGAAAACGAGCCAAGUUAGCUUCUCAUGUUGAGUCAAAUUCUAAGAUAUAUGCUGAAGAACGAGUUUCUGAAUCAACUGUCAGUGACCCCCUCUAUGGCUUAGACAAUCUCAAGGCUAGGUUGAGGAUUUCUUUCAAAGUUCUCAUUGGGAAACCAUCAGAACCACUCCUUUUAUCUGCUUUGCAAGCUCUAGAGCGAGCACUAGCUGGUCUACAAGAAGGCUUUACGGUGAUCUAUGAGGUGAAGAAUGAAUGCAGUACUGGGGGUAGAGUUUCUUUAAUGGUUGCAGGUGCUGUUGAUUGCUUGGACUUGCUUCUUGAAAUCUAUAAAGGGAAAAAGCAAUUGACUGUGGUUAGAAUGCACAUCAAUAGUAUAUUUGCUUCAUUGUUCAACAUUAUGGUACACCUACAAGGCCCCACAAUAUUCUAUGCAACACCAAGCAAAAUUGCAUUAGAUAAGAAUCCUGACUCAGGAUCUGUAGCAUUGUGCGUUGAGCUAUUGACCAGAAUUGCUGGAAAACGUGCUCAAUAUCACCUGGAUACUCAUCAUAUAGGACAGUUUCUGCACAUACCAGCAACACUUUCCAAAGGUUUUCGCUACACUAGAGCAGGAAAAGCUUCACAAAGUUCCAUAAAAUUGGAUGGAAAAGAGUGCGAGGAACUUGAAAGUCACUUCCUCGUUGACAGGCAGUUCUCAAUGAACAUAUUUGCUGCGUCUUGCCAAUUGUUGUGGACAGUUGUUAAACAUCGCAAGAGUGAGUGUUUACGGUGUAUUGCCCUUCUUCAAAAUUCACUUCAAGUACUCCUCCAUUGUCUGGAGAUUGUAAAUAACGAAUCAGAAGACAGAAAGGCUUACUUUACUUGGGCUGUGGAAGAGGGAGUAAUAUGUGCCAGUUAUCUGAGAAGGGUUUAUGAAGAGAUUGGACAGCAGAAGGAAGUUUUUGGUCAACAUUGCUUUAUGUUCUUAUCAGAUUACAUAUGGCUUUAUUCAGGAUAUGGUCCACUUAGGAGGGGAAUCAACAGGGAAGUAGAUGAAGCCUUAAGGCCAGGUCUCUAUGCUUUGCUAGAUGUUUGCUCAGCAGAUGAUCUUCAGUAUCUUCAUACUGUAUUCGGAGAGGGUCCUUGCCGAAGUACCUUGUCGAGCUUGAAGGAUGAUCACAAACGGCAACAAUAUGAAGGAAAAGUGUGACGAGGAAGACAUCAAAUUGUGUUCUCCUUCUCGGUUUUGAUGGCUGUUCUAUGAUUACUGCUACAAUUUUGAAGCUCUGCAUUAUGGAGAGUGCAGGUGCACCUGCAUACAAAUUUUGUGGUAUUUGGGGUCUGGGACAUCUCAACAAAAUAUAUCAGUGUCACAUUGCUUAUUGAAGUCUUCUUAACAGCACGACGCACAAAUUCAGCAACAAAUUCAGCAGAGACAAUGCUGCUUCGGGAUCAGCAGCUGCAUUUGUCUCGAUGAGGACGAUGCUGGAGAAGAAACUGGUCUUCUUUCAGUCUGACCGUACUAUUUUUGUCAAGCCGAUGUAUUAUUUUUGUCAAGCCAAUGUAUUAUUUUUGUCAAGCCAAUGUAUUAUUUUUGUGAUCUUAACUUCUGAUUUUUAUGAUGCUGGAGAAGAAACUGCUUAUAGAUUUUUUUGUACAGAUUUUUGUAGGUAUUACACCAUUCUAAAGUUUUCUACUUUUGCCUUUUUUGUUUUAAGUAAUGUAUGGUUGGAGAUUUGACAUAAAAAUUGUCUUAUAUGAAAAUUUGUGUUUCUUUUUUUCUUC